AUGGACUUUAAUUCCUCUAGCCAUUGCCUCUCUUUUUUUCUUUUUUUCUUUUUCUCAGGAGGUGGAAAACAGGCGCUUGACUUCCUUCCCGGAUUUUCAAGAUUUCAGAUAUGUGACUUACCGGAUGGAGUAGUAACAGGGAACUUAGAUUCACCCAUAGCAACCCUGCUACACAAAAUGGGACAAAAACUGAUCAAAGCAACUGUUGUUGCGGUUAACUCUUUCGAUGACGUAGACCCUGAAAUUGAGAAUGCGCUCAAGUCAAGGUUUCAGAAGUUGCUCAACUAUGGACCGAUGAGCCUAAUAUCAAGAUCACCACAAUCACCUGAAGACGAAAGUGGUUGCAUAGAGUGGCUGGACAAGAACAAGCCUGCAUCUGUGGUAUAUAUUGCCUUUGGAAGCGCGGCAACCCCACCACCUCAUGAGCUAGAAGCCCUAGCUCAAGCUUUGAUUGAAACUGGGUUUCCAUUUAUUUGGUCAUUUAGGGGCAACAUAGAGGAUUUCUUGCCCAAAGGGUACAACAAAAGUAGCCUAAAUGGGAAAAUAGUUUCAUGGGCUCCCCAAGUGCAGGUCUUAGGACAUGCCUCAGUUGGGGUUUUUGUGACACAUGCUGGGUGGAAUUCGGUUAUGGAGAGUAUUUCAGGUGGGGUGCCUAUGAUUUGCAGGCCAUUUUUUGGCGACCACACGCUCAACGUGAGGACCAUAGUGGCUCUUUGGGGAAUUGGAACUGAGUUUGAGGGAGGGGUCAUUACAAAAAUUGGAAUGGUGAAGGCCUUGAAACUUGUUUUGAAGCAUAAAGAAGGAAAGGAAAUGAGAAACAAAAUCGGGGCCCUUAAAAUUCUUGCUCAACAAGCGGUUGAAUCUAAUGGUAGCUCCAGCCAAGCUUUCAAUAGCUUGAUGGACAUUGUCACCAAGUAA